AUGGCCGCCAUGGAGCCCUUGGCCACUUUGCGACCCGUGACAUACGAGCCCAUCGCUGGCCGUCGAGAGGAGCCGCGGCGCUCCCGUGUCGCUCGGGAGCCCGAGCCACACAUACAGGAGCCACGUUCCAGGGAGGCGGCGAGUGCCUGCGGGGCGGAGGUGCCGCCCUGGCCCGAGGCUGAGCCGCAGGCUCCCACAGCAGCCCCGGAGCCGCAGAAGCCACCGGUCGCGGAGCGCCCGUCGGACCUGGUGGCGGCCCUGGCCCCCAAGGACCCUCUGCCGCCGGAUGCUGUGGAGCUGCCCAUUCUCUCGGCCGCGUCAAGAAAGCAGGAAAUGCCGGCGGACCCUCCACCGCACAUUCCGGAGAUCGCGCCCAGUUCUUCACAUCAGGUGGUCACCCAGGCGAUGGCCCAGGAGCUGUCCAUAGCCCAGUCUCGGAUCCAGGCGCGCAGCCUGGAUGCCUGGCACCGGCACCUCACUGGGCUGGAGCGGUGGCAGCUCCUGUCGGUGGUCUGGCGGCUAUGGGCCGGGCCGGCCAAAGUGUCGGCCCUCCGUGCGCGUCUGGAGCUUGUCCUGCUGGAUGAGCUGCGCCUCGCCAAAGCUCGUGAGGAGGUCCAGCGGGAGCUGUCGCAGUUUCUGCGGCCCAAGCUCCGGAGUCCCGAACUGUGGCCCCAGGUUUUUGGUGGGCCAGCGGGUGUAGAGCCCUGCGGGGGUGAGACCUCGGACGGACAAGCCGAAGCAGGAUCGCUGGAGAGGAAGCUGUUCAUCAUGAAAAGCUUCAUUUUCGAGUUUCGCAAGCGGGUGGCUGAAGCUGUGGCGGAGCUCCCCGGUGCCCUCAACGGCUUCGCCGAGGGCCAAGCCUUUCAGACCACGCUCGAGAUAGGCGCGGUUCUUUGCCUGGAUCAGGUCAUCGCCGAGGUGGCAGGCGGGUCUCAAGAUCCCAUGGCUCCAACAGCUGUUAAGUCUCAGAUUCGCGAGGGGUCUCCCAGGAACGGUGUGGUUCUCAAGGAGGCGCUGCCCGCCGGUCGGUCGGUGGCCGUGCUGCUCCAAUCUCUGCAGGGUGCCUCCACCGGUCGCCUCUCUCUGCUGCGCGGCACCGAGCUCCUGGCACGCACGGCGAGGCUUGGGGAGCUGAAUCUCACCGAGGAUGAGUCCCUGCACCUGGUCAGGAGGACCACGGGCAAGUACACCACCCUGGGCAAGUACAGCAACCUGGCGUCUACAAGCGACCACGACGUGUCGGCCAAGUGCCUUCUCAUCGGUGGAGCGGGCUCCGGAAAGUCCUCGUUGCUGAGGGCAGUCGGCCGCAAAGCCUUCGUCGAGGCAUACACGCCUACGGUUGGUGUGGAGUUCAGCACCUUUCAGUGGCUGUCUGAGGAAGGGCUCACUACGAAGCUCCAGGUCUGGGACGCAGCGGGGCUUGAGCGAUUCAAGCCCAUUGAAACGGCCUACUACAAGGGAGCACAGGGCUUCCUGGCAGUUUUCUCACUGAAAAGCCGCGCCUCUUUAGAGGAGAUUCGGAGGCUCAUUGGCGAAACUCAGGAGAAGCACCCCGAGUCCUGCCGGUGUAUCUGCAUGGUGGGCACGCAUGCAGAUGCGGCUGAGCCCGAAGUGACCCAAGAGGAGGCGCUGGAGAUGGCUGCGGAGCAGGGGUGGCCGUUCUUUGCGGUUUCCUGCAAAACUGGCGAGCGGAUCGACGACCCGUUCUAUGCAUGGCAUGCGUCCCUUUUCCUCUACCAGAAGCUGAGGACCUUGGUUCCCUCCGAGCUGGAGGAGACCAUGCGGGACCCUGUGAGCCGCCUCGUGCCGGUUCCUUUCUACGUGCUACCAUACAAGGCCAGGGGAGUCACCAGAUGA